AUGGUGAACCUGGUGAAAGCACAAAGACCAUUGUUACAUGGGCUAAUGAAGAUGGCGGGUAUAAGGCCCUACACGGUGGAGAUAGAGCCCGGAACAGUGAUGAGUUUCUGGGUCCCUUCAGAGACCAUAACAAAGCCAAAUAAAAAGGACGAGAAGCCCAAAAUCGUUUCGGGGCCGAGCAAGCCCACGGUGGUCCUAAUCCACGGAUUUGCGGCGGAAGGAAUAGUGACGUGGCAGUUCCAAGUUGGAGCUUUGACAAAAAAAUACUCGGUUUAUGUUCCGGAUCUUCUGUUCUUCGGAGGUUCCGUAACGGAGAAAGCAGAGAGGUCACCGAGGUUUCAAGCGGAGUGUUUGGCAACGGGGUUAAGGAAGCUUGGGGUGGAGAAGUGCAUAGCGGUUGGUUUUAGCUAUGGUGGGAUGGUGGCGUUUAAGAUGGCUGAGUUGUACCCUGAGUUGGUUCAAGCUAUGGUCAUUUCUGGCUCCGUUUGGGCAAUGACCGAUUCCAUCACCGCCGCGUCAAUUCAGGAACUUGGAUUUUCUUCUUCUUCUCAGCUCUUAUUGCCUACGUCCGUUAAGGGUCUUAAAGCCCUUUUGUCCGUCGCUACUCAUAAAAAACUCUGGUUCCCUCAUCGUUUGCAUAAGGACUUUCUUGAGGUGAUGUUUACAAACAGGAAGGAGCGAAGUGAGCUAUUGGAUGGUUUAGUAAUUAGCAACAGCGAUAUCACCAUCCCAAAUUUUCCUCAGAGAAUACACCUUCUAUGGGGCGAGAAUGAUCAAAUUUUCAAAUUGGAGCUUGCACAAAAUAUGAAAGAGGAACUGGGAGAUGGCACAACCUUUCAAGGCAUAAAGAAAGCAGGGCACCUGGUUCACCUGGAGCGACCCUGUGUCUACAAUCGAUGCCUCAAGCAAUUUAUUGCUUCCUUCUUGGCAUUAAAUGAAGCCAAAAAAUAA